CAAAACGUUUUCUUUUUCUUUUUCAUUUUGUUAAGUAUUUCCGAUUUCACUGGAACCAUUGCAAACCCAGAGAGACGAUUUCAGGGAUUUGAAUCCUUCAGAAUAUAACUUCUUAAAGGAAUGGCGGGGGAACCGUUACCGUGGGGCGUAAGAGACCUCAUCAACGAGCUCUUCUUCUCCUUACAAUCGCUGAGGAGCCUGCUGCUGCUUCUUAACGCCGUCGUUUUUCUGUUCCUUUUCCCGUUCCGGGUACGGAAACGCGCCUCCGUGAUGAGUUCCGAGGAGAAAGUGGGGAGGGAUGAAAAGCAAGAGAGCGGGAGGAAAGGUUCGGCGGCGCCUGUGGUGAAGGUCCCGGCGGAGAGGCGUUUGCUGGCGAUCCGGAGGGUGGUUCAGGACGAACCUAACGUUAUCAGGGAGUUCUCGUUGUUUUCCGGUGCAAGAGGUGAUACGUUAUUCAUCCAGACAUGGUCUCCGGCUUCGGUCAAAAUCAGGGGAGUAGUUUUUGUCAUGCAUGGCUUGAAUGAACACAGUAGCAGAUACAAUGAUUUUGCGGAGAGGCUUAACGCUGAAGGAUUCAAGGUCUACGCAAUGGAUUGGAUUGGACAUGGUGGAAGUGAUGGGCUACACGGAUAUGUCCAUUCUCUUGAUUAUGCUGUUGCCGACAUGAAGUUGUUGCUUCAAAGGAUUUUAUCUGAAAAUACUGGUCUUCCAUGCUUCUGCUUUGGUCAUUCCACGGGUGGCGCACUCGUCCUUAAAGCAGCACUUGAUCCGGAGGUUGAAGACAAAGUAGCAGGCAUCAUAUUGACUUCCCCAGCUGUGGGUGUUCAGCCAUCUCAUCCCAUCUUUGUGGUACUUGCCCCUAUCAUAUCAUAUCUAUUUCCGAGGUUCCAAGUCAGUAUUGCGAAUAAAAGCGGGAAGCCGGUUUCAAGGGACCCGGCGGCACUGGUGGCUAAGUAUUCGGAUCCACUGGUGUAUACCGGACCCCUCCGGGUAAGAACCGGCUAUGAAAUUCUUAGAAUCACAACCUACUUGCAGGAGAAUAUGAGCAGAUUGAAAGUUCCUUUCCUAGUUCUCCACGGCCUGGACGAUACCGUGACCGAUCCUAAAGCUUCUCAGAAACUGUACGAUGAGGCCUCAACCGACAAAACCAUCAAAUUAUUCGAGGGUCUCUUACAUGAUCUCCUCAUCGAACCUGAACGACAAGCUAUAAUGGAUGACGUGAUCCAGUGGUUGAAUUUUAGAGUAUAAAAGGAGUACCUUGAAAAGGAUAAAAUUAGAACACAACUCUCCCAAGUUUUGCUGGUAUAAGGUUUCCAGUGAAGUAGAUGACAUUAAUUUGUAUGUCCAAAUAAAACUCACCACUUCAAUGUCGGAACCUCACAGUUUUUCUUUUUAUUUACUUGAUAACAUCUUGUCAUUGAUAGGCCAGACUGAUUCACCCUGGUUCCUGAAGCUCUGUACAUGAUGGUCUCGGUUACACGGUGUAAAUGGAAAUAUAUUAUAUAGCUCAAAGUUUGCAUCGA